CCUUUGUCCUCUUCCUCGUUUCGCAUCCACACAGCUAUUGAGACAUCGGAAAGUUCGACUGGACGGUUGCUAUUAGGAUAAUUUGCUACGCACCCGCGAGUGCCCCGGACAGUUUAGAUGUAUGAGUCGCCCUAGCUGAUCAGUUGGAUAUUUUGGGUACCGUUCUUGGUAGCAGUCCCGCUAUGGAAGCGGGUGCAUCUGGCACUAGGCAAAGGUCCGUUAUUAUUUGGAGCCGCUCGCUCUAGUGCGCCCGGUAUCGUUUCGUCGAACGCAAAGUUGAUCAAUAUCUUCAUACCAGUGGUCUUCCCCCCGCCAGCAGACUUGAUACGUAUAGCCAGCGAUUUCCUGAACCAGUAGACCGGCAUCGCGAAGUACCGACGAUGGCAGCUACAGCUUUAAUGAAUCCAGCUCCGGGAUACCAUCACAAGCCUCCAUUCCCGCCCGCCUAUCAUCAACAACCUCCACCACAGAUGCCCGGCAUGAUUUCUCCCGGGGAGAGCAGGAGAACGCCGAAUGAGGUGGAACCUUCCCAACGGCAAUCUCUCCCUUCUAUAUCAGAAGUAUUCUCCGGGGCUAAGCCGAGUCAUUAUUCGCCAACUCCUACAACGUUAACGAGUGGUCAUGGUCUUCCUCCUCCAUUAAGAAACGAGCUGCCACUAGAAUCACGGCCCGUUCCGCCAGCACAUGACGAUAAGUUCUACCGUUAUCCCCCGCGAUCAGAUAUUGGACCGCCUCCAGGCCCUCCUGGUCCUCCAAAUUCAACGUAUGCGUUCCAAGAGCAGCGGGACACUGCCAAGCCUCCGGAAGCGGCAUCAAAUUCUCAUGCAAACCCCUCGCCUCAAAUCCAAUAUCCUCCAGGUCAAUACCCCCUACCUGGAGCGCCAAUCUCUCCGCAUCAUAUUGGCCCUUCUUUGCCGCCUUACGAUCAACCACGCCCACCUCUCCACAGCGAUGAAGAGUACGGGAUGCAUAGAAGCCGCUAUGAUUCUGCUACUCUAAAUCGGCAUUUUGAGUCGUGGAACUACCAGGACUGUUUGAAUAAGAUGCAGCAGUUAGUGUGGACGUCAAGAACGGUCUGCAAUUUCGCUGAGGCGUAUAGUAAGAUUGCCUCAGAGCAGCACGGUGGACAGCCUAUCCCGGAACGCUUGCCUAGUGACCAGGAGGUUUCAAGUAUGCUCGGAAAUGUAGAUUUUAUCAAGCGUUCGCUCGAAAAUCUUCGGGAAAUAGUGCAGCAUAGUCUAGCGACCGAAAAGGCCCGGGAAGGUCGCGGCAAAGGGCCAUAUGAGGGCGACGACGAUAUAAGUAUGUAUGGCGAUGGCAUGAAACAACCUUACGGGCUUAGUGAGGUCAAGAAGCGGCGAGGCCGCGCUGCACCUCCUGGUCGAUGCCAUAGCUGCAAUAGGAUCGAUACGCCAGAAUGGCGACGAGGACCAGACGGUGCAAGGACGUUGUGCAACGCUUGUGGACUUCACUACGCAAAACUCGAAAGAAAACGCCAGAUGGAGCAACGGUCUAUUCGACCAAAGACCGUGGAAGAGCGUGUCUAAGUUUCGAGGUCUAGGUUUUAUAUCCAAAUAAUUCGAAGACGCGGUAUUGCAAUAAUCCCUUGUUUUAAGCCUUCCGGGGACAGAGCAAAGGUUAUAUAUAUACGCAGUCUUCACUCUGGAAUUACUCCCAGGCAAUAAUUUCGUCGACAUCUGCGUUCUCGAUCUCCCGAGAUUUAUCGUAUACGCCGCCAGCAAAUAUCCAGCAAAUAUCGCAUUUGUACCUACUCUGGAACAUCAUAUAACGUGUUAAUUAUUA